UUCAACAUGGCUGCCACGAUGAGCAUGUGUGUUCGUCAAGUGAUGAAGAUUCCUUAUUUUUCACAAUCUGUUUUGAUUCGAAGUCCUUCAAGAUGUUGCCGAGUCAGGAUGACAACAACUGCUACAGAUGGUAAGCCCUCGACAACGUCAGAGCAGAAGCCGGCAGAGGAGAAGCCAUCUGAGUCUACCACCGCGGAAGACCCAUCAGCCGUGGAGAAACAGCUGAUGGAGGACAAGGCCAAACUGGAGGCGCAGGUGUCCGACUUUAAGGACAAAUACAUGCGUUCCCUCGCCGAAACAGAAAAUGUCCGACAGAGGAUGAAGAAGCAGGUGGACGAUGCGAAGAUAUUCGGCAUCCAAGCUUUCUGUAAGGACAUGUUGGAGGUGGCCGACAUCCUGUCCAAGGCAAACGAGAGUGUCCCGCAACAGGAGAUCUCUAGUAACCCUCAUCUCAAGAACUUGUUCGAUGGACUGACAAUGACAGAAUCACAGCUACAGAAAGUAUUCGUCAGACACGGAUUGCACAAGAUAGCUCCAUCAGAAGGGGAGAAGUUUGACCCCUUCCUCCAUGAAGCGCUGUUCGAGGUGCCAACGUCUGAUAAGGAGGGCGGAACGGUAGCAGUGGUACAGAAAAUUGGCUAUAAGCUGCAAGAACGGACAAUCAGACCAGCGCUUGUCGGGGUGUUUAAGUCCUGAGGUUUGCAUGCUGUAGUUUGAAUGUGAUAUGAUGGCGUGAAAGUACAGACUGUAAUUUUUUGUUACGUGUUAUACUGUAUGGGUGUAACGAUACAGCAAGUUAUACACUGCUAUAUAAUGUGUACAAUGUUAGACCUCUUAUAGUAAGGGUGUGAUACAUCAUGAAACACCAUGUUAUACUGUGGAACAAUCAUUAAAACCAGAUCUUUACUCCGAUACGAUACCUCUCUCUCUGCAUCGGAGGCGGUGUCAACUUCAGCAAACUUUGACCACCAAGUCUAAAUGAAGGCUGUGUGUGUUCUUGAGCCAAUCAGAAGUCAGGUCUAAAUGAAGGCUGUGUGUGUUCUUGAGCCAAUCAGAAGUCAGCUUUUUAAAAGGAUUCCGCUUCAUAUCUUUACCACUUUGAAAACCCACACAGAACACAGUUAUUCAGUUAUAGUACUACCAUUGGGUGUAGAUGAGAUGUCACUCAGAGGCAACACUGUGUAUAAAAUGUCUACAACAAUAUAAUGGACCGGCCCUGUUCAGCGACGUUCAGAGCUAGUUGUUUAUUUUAGAGAUAGAAAAAUCAGAUAUACCGAGAAUUUAGACACCCAGUUAGAGAGUUCAGAGAGAUAUCAUAUCGGUGUAAUAGAGUAAUAAAGUCAAGGAUGCUAUCGCUGUUACAUGUAAUGUUUAUCUCAUGGAGUGUGUUGCUUUGGGACUGACUAAUGGUUUGGUCCUUGUAUGUCUUCAAAUGACAUUAUGGGACAUAGGGGUAGUCGAGUGGUUCAUGCACUUGCUUGUCAUGCAGAAGGGGUUUGAUCCUCCCCAAUGGCAUCUGUAAAACCCUGCAUCUACAGAGAUGCCAACCAUUCUGAAUUUCUCAGAAUAAUCAUACUUUGAACUUAAUUCCAGCAAGUUUUACGUGAAGUAUUUGAUAAGUUUUGUCACCUGUAAUUUAAACUAGAUAUUCAUCUGGCUACACUCAUCAUCACAUACGCAACCAAUUAAUACUCAAAUUAAUAAUCAUGUUUUAGUUGUGAUACAAUACACUGCAGAAGUUGAUCUAUUUUCAACAACAUCAUGAAGUAAGACAUGCUAAUAUUUUUAGUAAAUUACAUAUUUAGCCAGUAUCCCAGAUGUUCCUGAUUGCCAGCGUAGAUUGACAACAAAUGGUGAUGAAAUUUGAGGAGGGUAAUAGAUGCAAGAUAUUAUAUUGACAUUGAAAAGAGGUAGAGGUGUUAAAGCUAACCUCAGUAUUUUCUUUUUAAAUGAGAGUGAGGUUUGAGCUGUGUGAUCAGUUGGUUUGUGAUACUAAACUGCUUAACUGUGUACUUGUGUCGUCAGCCUUGUGGAUCUUCAGCUAAAGUUCUUAGGGUUGUUGUGAAACUCAAUUACAUUAUUUUAUUCUACAGGGAGAGUAGUACUGAUGGCUGUCAAAUGUUUGUUUGGUACAAUUUUCAUUAUGAUCCGUGAUGAAUGUUGAACUCUAUUACCAUGAUUACACACAAUCACACUAUCAACACAUGUUUGAAACAUCAUGUAAUCAAAAAUGAACGCCUGUAUUCUCAAAUAGUAAUUUUCUUGUUCCCUUUUUCUAGUGGCGAAUGAUCUUAAAACUGUCCUUUGACCAUACUGAAACAUGUUCUGUAAUUUGUAUCACGAAGCUUUCGGCUUGUUCAAUGAUUCAUUUACAUGUCUACAAAGACAGAAGGCCAUUAUUAGUGUGCCAGCUGUGAUAUUGCUGGAAUAUUGCUAAAAGUGGCAAAAAAACACAACUCACUAUGAAUGACCUUAAUAGACAGAAUCAAAACCAUGGUCAGUUCCAAUGGUGAAUUUUGUAAUCAUGGUAAUGUAGGGACAUGAUUCUCAUAUCUUCUUCCUCUCAGUACACAUGAAACAUCAUUAUAUUCUAUGCAUGUUUUUCCUUCUCAACUAAGACAAGACCAUUUUAUUUUUUUGUUUUACUGAGUUCAGUUUUCAAGAGACCAAGAGCAAUUGAUCAAAAAUAUUUGAGGUUAAUUUCUUCAAGCGAUAUCUUGAAGCAUACUUUUAUGUCAAAAGAAGGUUUUUAGGGUUGUUGUUUUUUAUCUUGAAAACUGUUUGGUCAGUAAAGUGAGAAAGUAAACUGGUCUUGCCUAAAUAUGAGUGUUGGAGAUCAUCUACUUCAGUAUGGUGUUGUGUCAUUCCAGUGAUGUUCUUUUGUCCAUACCUAGGUACAGAAACAUAUAACAUGAUGUGUGUCAGGAAUAAAUCAAACAGUAAGAAAA